AAGCAAGGUGUGCAAAUUGUGAAGAUCAAUGCAAAAGUGCAAAGUGAUCGGUGUGUACAGCGUGUGUGUCGAACGCUUGAAGAUUUUCUCCUGGCGAGAAAAGCGAAUGCUGACGUGGUUAACCUCACCGGUGGAAAUACAAUUGCCCGAAAUGCCAUCAUUGUUGCACGCCAAUGAGCAGCAUUCCUCCCAAUGCGUCAUCGAAGAGACAAGACCGCAUGGGUGUUCCGCUGGCCGGAUCGCUGCACGGAGCGCUGGCUCAGUGUCAGCGGCCCAGAACCAGUUUGUUGGUGGAUGCGUCUGCAAGCGAUAACUGUGAAAAAGAACAACAACGUUGAGUUGAAGUGUGUUAAGUUACAGUUAGACUGUUAGAGAGAGAGAGAGAGAGUGUGUGUGUGUCUGUGUGUGCAGGAUAAUUUCCCCCACCGGUUGUACUUGGGCUAGGGCCUCCAGUGGUGUCGAUUGCUAAUUCAUACUGCCGAUCGUUAACGAGCUGUCAAGAGCAGAACGAGAAUUACUGCAGAUUAUACAAAGUCAUUAAGGCUGGAAGGUGAAGCAGAGCUGAAGCACAUGCACAGAACGGACAGUUACGGACAACAGCUGACAGAUGUCUGAAGAUUUUGUGCACUCAAGGGCAGACUCCCGCACGAAUUUGCCAACCGCACGUAUUUCACAAUCUUGUACGAAUGGUUUGCUUUGUUCUUCUGGUUAAUCAUAGAGUGAGAGUGUAACUAGUCUUCAAUGAGACAUCAACAGUUAUCGCAUGGGACAGCCAAAUCUCCCGAGAUCUUGCCACUGGUACCUCAGAACCGACAACCCACACAACGUCUAAUUAAUCGGCCUGAUCUGAUAGUGUGGUUUCACCAACCGACCCGAAACGAUCGUCAGCCCAAGAUCAGUUGGACACGCGCGUGUGCGCGUGAUUUCUCCUCGACCCCGUUGUUGGUGACCGGGUGCGACUCACGUUCGCUUCGACCAUUCGUACCAUUUGGCGUACCGAUCCAAAUUUUCAUUAUCCCCGCAAGUAGCGAAUUCCUGCCCCACCCGCGGCCCGACGCUCUCAUUUUCACCGCCGUCGAUGACGAAGACGACAACGACGACGACGACGAAUCGCUCCGCGCGGAUGCUUUCACCCCGAGGGCAGAGCUUUUUGGCCGUCUCUAGCAGCGGACCGCGCUGUUCGCCGGCCAACAGGAAGUGCAUUACCGAUUGAAAGAGAAAUGAACGCGUGCCACAUAGUGAAAGACUAACCAUUCGCAGGUAUAUUCGGUGUGUGCGAGAAACGUUUACACACGCACAACGUGUUUAUGUGACUACUAAACAGUGCAAGAGACACAAGAUGAUCCUCAAAGCUGCAGCCUUACUACUGCUGCUCUUCGCGAGCGGGGCCAAUUCGCAAGAUGACUCACUUGCUGGAAGUUUCCUGUCAGGUCUACUGGAUUCGAUCACAAGCACAGAGGACGCGAAAGGAUGUCCGGGCGUGUGCGUGCACACGCUGGCCACACUGAUCUGCUACGAGGUGCUGGAUGACAUACCGUGCCCCUCGCCCAGCAUGAAGUGUUGCGUGGAAAGUAGUGCGGCGGCCGCAAACAUUACUACCACGCCGCGGCCAAGAACCACCACGACAACGGCGCGUCCCACCACGACGACACCGAAACCGACGACAGAGGCCAAGAUCAAGGAGAAGGACAAUAAAAACAAUUCGUCCUGUCCGGGGGUGUGCGUGGCGGAUCGUAUCGCGGAGUACUGUGAAGCGUACCUCACGACGGCCGGUCUCUGCAAGAGCGGUUCCAAGUGUUGCGUAUCGCGCGACAUCUAUCCGGACAACCCGCCGGACGAGCUGUACAUACCGACGGCACACUUCGAUGCGAAGCAGAACAGAACGACCACGCCGAAACCGUACGCCAAGACGACCGAGCGGCCCCACACCACCGAGGAACCGAUCAAGUCGAAAACGAACCCAACCCAGAAGCCUACGCCGAAACCGACCAAGCCAGCCCCGUCCAAGCUGAAGACGACGCCCGCGACCACAGUCAACAAUGGCCAGGGACCGGUGUUUAAGGAAUGCGAGGGCGAGUGUGUCAAUGGGCUGUUUGCGCUGUUCUGUGACGAUCUGGACAGCGAGGCGUUCUGUCCGAACGAGGGCUCGUGCUGCAUUACCGGCGUGGCGGAAGACAACAAGCAGCAGAUCGCGACGACAACGAGGCGACCAGCAACGCCGCCGCCACUGCCCCGCUGUCCCGGCUUCUGUCUGCUGAACAUUAUGGCCGCCUUCUGCGAGCGCCCGUCCGUGCUCAUCCCCAACACGGCCAACUGCAAGCGCGGCUCGGUGUGCUGCGACAAUACGCGCGCUCCCCCGCCGAGACCGCCGCAGCAGAAGCGUCCACCGCCAACCACCACCACGACCACACCCGCCCCGACCACGGCCGUGCCGGAUCCGCGCGAAGAGUGCCCCGGCUCGUGCAUCGUCAGUCUGCUCAGCUUCACCUGCUUCCGCAACGCCGAGAUGACCGAUCUGUUCAAGUGCAAAAAGUCCGGCACGCAGUGCUGUGCGCCCAAGUCCAAGAUACAGGAGGUGCAGCAGGCCGCCGCUAGCAAGACCAAGUACAACGACACGAACGGCGGCUAUCCGCCGCAGGCCCUGCCGCCUCCACCGCCGAUGAUGCAGCCGCAGCAGCAGCCCCCGAUGCCGUACCCGAUGCCACCGUCGGCAGCGAUGCCACCGUCCCAGGUGCAGUCCCCGCUGGCCGGACCGCACCAGCAGGUGUACGGUCCGCCGGCGCCCAAUCCCUACCCGGGCCCGAUCAGCAACAACAUCUACGAGGUGCCACCGACCCAGCAGCCGCAGUACGCCCAGUCCCCGGUGUACGAGCCGCCGACGACUACGGCCCGACCGCAGGUCUACUCCAAGUACGUGUGCGGCGUGAAGGGAACGAGCCGGGCGGCCAAAUCCAUCCUCAGCCAGGAGGUGCUGCGGCUGGAGCGGGAGCACAGCUCGCCGGCCCGCCACGCGCGCCACAUCGACGUGGACAGUCUGUAUCGGUCCAAGAGCUCGGAGCGGCUGGUGCUCGGUAGCAGCAUCGUGCCGAUACCAAUCAUCUACCACGACCACAACGACACCGUGCCGGAGGAUCUGCUGCACCAUCCGAGCGUGAAGGAGAACGCAACGCUGGCCAAGUACUGGAGCCACCAUCGGAAGGGGCGCGUGGUCGGUGGGGAGGAUGGCGAAAAUGGCGAAUGGUGCUGGCAGGUGGCGCUGAUCAACUCGCUCAACCAGUACCUGUGCGGGGCGGCCCUCAUCGGCACGCAGUGGGUACUGACGGCGGCGCACUGUGUAACGAACAUUGUACGAUCGGGUGAUGCCAUCUACGUUCGGGUCGGCGAUUACGAUCUGACGCGAAAGUACGGCAGUCCGGGCGCGCAGACGUUACGGGUAGCGACCACGUACAUCCAUCACAAUCACAACAGCCAAACGCUUGACAACGAUAUCGCCCUGCUGAAGCUGCACGGACAGGCCGAGCUCCGUGAUGGCGUGUGUUUGGUGUGUCUACCGGCACGAGGUGUCAGCCAUGCCGCUGGCAAGCGCUGCACGGUGACGGGAUACGGCUAUAUGGGUGAGGCCGGACCGAUACCGCUGCGGGUGCGCGAGGCCGAAAUCCCGAUCGUCAGUGAUGCCGAGUGCAUACGCAAGGUGAAUGCCGUCACCGAGAAGAUCUUCAUCCUGCCGGCGUCCAGCUUCUGUGCGGGCGGUGAGGAAGGCAACGACGCGUGCCAGGGUGACGGGGGCGGUCCGCUCGUGUGCCAGGACGAUGGGUUCUUCGAGCUGGCCGGCCUGGUGUCGUGGGGUUUCGGCUGCGGGCGUGUCGAUGUGCCCGGUGUGUACGUGAAGGUGUCGUCGUUCAUCGGCUGGAUCAACCAGAUCAUUAGCGUUAACAACCAGUAGUUGGGGUAGUUGGAGUAGUAGUAGUAGUAGUAGUAUUAGCAGUAGUAAUAGUACGUAGAUGAAUACCAAACUUUCUCUCCAACAACUUCCAUUGAACCCCUUGAUUCGUCCCUACGCCCUGUGCCUUGUGCAGUGUCCAGUAGUUUUAGGAAGUGUUCAGUUUUAAGGUGUGCUGUGAGAGCUUGCACACGCUUGAUUUCGAUUCAUUUACUCUCUUCAAAAAGACACAAACACAUGCACACAAACAGACAGGAACAAUCGAUGCUAGUUUGUUAAAACGAUAGUGGUAAUAGAUGAGCUUGAGAUGGGAGCGUAACGUAACGGAUGGCUUUAUUCCGUUCGGAAAGUUUCGAAUGAUUAUGUUUGGAAUCGAUAUUUAUUGUAAAAACAAAGCAAAAGAAAAACAAAACCUCCUCCCAAAACCUGGUGGUAAGCAAGUGGAAAGCGAGACCGUGGAGACAGCUUCCUUGGCUCGACUAGAACCACACCACAUCCACCACUGCUGCCAUCGUGCUGAAUCGAUGGUAAUAAUCUAAGCCUAGACCCUAAAGCACAUCGAACUUCUGCUAGGAAUUACUUCCAUCUCAUUAACGAUAUUUAAGUAUGCGUGAGUAUUUAUUUAUUUUCCCAUCUACCGCGACAGAUGCAUUACUAAACUCGUUCUGCUAAUGUAAGAAGUAGUGUAGGAGGAACACCGCCAUUAGGCGACACCCGACAGCUGCAAACCCCGCCCGCCCAAAACAAGCACUGAAUCUUUAAAACGCAUUGCAAUUGUUAGCAAUGGGAAGCAUAAUUGUAGUGAUUGGGAAUAGAGACAAUUUGAUGAAAUUGUUAUACACUGUGUACAAUAAAGUAUCAUGACUGGUUA